AUCACUGGUUCCAAGGACCGAACAUUCCACGUGAACGCGUUCGAGGAUCUCAACACCAGGCUUCGAAGUGCCAUCCAGCGAGUGACAUGCCCUCAGACUGAAACCCCGAAGCCGUCUGGUGGACCAUGCGAUCCAUCGUCUCAUGCCGGUUGUGAUCGUGCUCUCAACCAGGUUUGCAUGAUGAAGAACGGUCAAUACACCUGCGGAUGUCCCGAUGGUUUUGAACAGCAUCCCGUCACUAAAGCUUGCGGUGGUGAUGUUUGCAAUCCGGAAAUUGCCACUUCGUGUCCAGAUCCGGAGAUCUGUGAGCGCACCGCACACCAAAUCGGCUCACCUCCUCAAGACCUGUCUGAAUCGAAUGACGAGUGCGAUCCUGCGAAUCCUUCGAGCUGUGGUCCAAAUGCGAAAUGUAUUCGGGGACCUGGAGGAGAUGCUGUGUGCCAGUGCAGUCCUGGUUACGUUCUUAAUGUCAAGUCGGAUAAGUGUCAAAAGCCAGGGACUUGUGAUCCAUCGGUGCCCAAUUCCUGCGAUGCUCGUAAGAAGGAGAAGUGUCUUCGUGGUCCA